AUGAAACAAAACCAUUAUGAUACUCUAAACAUAAGCAAAGAUGCAUCUCAAAAAGAUAUUAAACUCUCAUAUAGAAAAUUAGCGCUGCAAAAUCAUCCAGAUAGGACGGGAAAAGCAACUGAUGAACAAUUCAGAGAAGUACAAGAAGCAUAUUCAGUGCUUAGCGACCCAAUGAGGAAGCGUGAAUAUGAUUUAACUAAUGGAAGUGCUAGUAUACAAUUGAUAUUGAUCGUUACCAUACUUGCAAUGAUAUACCUAGUCUACAAGAUAUCAACUUUUCUACCAAUAUUAUUACUUUGUUUACUUACAAUUAACGCUAGCAAGUUGGGUAGAUCACGUGCACUGCCUCUCACACUUAUCAUAUUAUCAUUCACAUCUGGCUGGCUAUUCUUGCUCUUAUGGGUAAUUUCAAUAGGCAGUAAUUUAGAUGACGUAGAGUGGCUAUUUUGGGGUUCACUUUCACCUGGACAAUCGAACAGACGCGGUUGGGACAGAGGCUGA